CUGAGGGGCUUCGAGAAAGCAGCGAGUGGCAAUUAUUUUGCUUUUUUUCCCCUGAGACAUUGCUGUGGUGCCACCGGCGAGCUCCCAAAGGACGAGAGAAGGCGACCCUUCCCGUCGGAGAGUGUGUGGGCACCUCCCAACAUUCCAUUGAACACGGGCCCCUCCCGCCAUUUUGUGCCCGCCCACAGGAGUUCCCGCCCUUCCCGCCGCCGUUGCCCCGCAACGCCCGAGCGGCCGCGGCGGAUCCCGGGGCGCGGCGGGGCUGAGGCGGCCCCGGCCCGAUGGAGCCCACCAACUUCAUAGCGAAGGACUACAACUGGAAGAAACGUGUUGAAAGUGAAAGAGAUACCGCAAAAAGAUGGGCUGAGAAAUGGGGAUUUUUGAAAACACCUCUUGAAGAGUUGCUUGGAGAUGAAAAGAAAGAAGCUGCAAAGCCCAAGCUACAGCUUCCAGAUCACCUGCAGGUUCGACCUGUGACACCUGUGGAAAAAUACAUUAAGGUGCUUCCAUCUCCUCCAGUACCCAAAACUACCCAGGGCUUUAUUGGCUGGAGAUCAGGUGUUCCAGCACUGGCACUUGAACACGAGUACCAAAUGCAAAGCUGCAAAGGAGCUGUCUGUCGGAUGAAGUGACCAUGUGAGCCCUCUGAGUGACAUUAUGAAAUAAAGAGGCAAAAAUGGCAUCCAGGCUGCUAACUCUGCUUCAGAGCUGCUGUUUGGAACUUAGAAAUAACAACGACUAAACUCAGAUAAAGAUCACAGAGCACUACUUUUAUUAGCACUAAUAAUACCAUAAUUCAAAAAUAUUCAUUGGAAAUUGGAAUGACAGUGCAAAUUUUUAUAAUUGUUUCUCCAUGAGAACCUCUAAUCACAAAAUACUCAUAACAUA